AUGACCUCAAGCAACCCAGUGUUGUCUGACGAGACUCUGGCCAGCAUUCGGGGCAAGUAUGCAGCCAAAGCUCAUGAGAACAAGGGGGGCAAAAGAAGGAGAAGUCCAGAUUAUGGCCAAGAGUCCGGUCCGAGUACGAAGAACAGCAAACAUGUGGCAUCUUCAUCAACAACAACCCACCAGCCGCCUAGCCUAUCGCCUCUUUCAACAACCUCUCCCAGCAGUCUGCUUACCAUACCCGGCUCUUCCACCAAAAUCCCCACCUCCUCAGUCAGAGUCAGCUCCAACACACAGGCAGAGAUCGGACCGGCUGCUAGCCGGUCAUCGUCUAUCGCCAGCCUGUUUGCACCGAAAAACUCGGAAAAGGCCGGGCGGCAAGGAUUGUCGUUGUACAUGGAGGACCCGAUCACUUGUGGAUUUGUGGAUGAAGCAAAUGGGAGGGAAUUUUCCAUGCAAAAGUUGGCAGACAAGACGUUGUUUGUCUUUGACGUCCAUCUGCAUACCUAUGAGUAUGUGAGACAUCAACCAGGCUUCUUGUUCUGUGCCAUCCUCGCGAUAGCCGCAAAGUUCCGACCAGACAUGAUGGACCCCAUGACCCGACAAAGAUGUCUGGCACUGGCAAAAGACCAUAUGCUGAGAGUCUUUUCAGACUAUGAAAAGACUGAGGAGACUAUACAGGCGCUAUACAUCAUGACCGAGUAUAAAGAAGCAGAAGACGAGGACGGCUACCUUCUCCUCGGUAUCGCAUGCCGCAUAGCAUUAGACCUAAAUCUGGUCCAGCCUCGGCCAGACUUUAACGAGAGGCAAAAUCGAAGCAGGAUACGAAUAUGGCUAGCUCUGUAUGCUGCCGACAGAAGGUAUAGCUACCUUGGACAGACGGCCAAGCCUAGUAUGAUGCCGCACGACCGCAUUCCUCAGCUUUGCAAGGCAUUCACCAAAUCACCGACCUGUCUAGAUAUAGACCACCUCAUAGCCAACAACGUCACUUUCCGCCACACCCUCGCCUCGCAUAUGGACGCUAUCGAAAAAGAUAAUAGCGACUCAAUACCGGGAGAAUGGAAGUUGGAUUUGAGGGAAGAGUAUUAUGCCAUCGAGAGAGAAGGAGAGGAGUGGGAGAGGGGGCAGCCUGUGAAAGAGCUCGAGACGCCACAUGCGAAUCUCGCCGCCCUUCUAGCCAAGGUCAUCAUCGCCCAUCGCUGGGUACACAGAUCCUUUCGUGAUAUAGGUUCCUCCAGAGACGCUGAAGCUCAGGAAAAAGAGCGACGCGAGGCCCUUGCUGUUUGUAUCCGAGGCAGCUUGGGGUUGUUGGAGACGAUGACGAGAUAUCCGGUGGAUGUAUUAAAGUAUGGGUCGGAUUCAACACAUCUGUACUUUGCAUACGCCUCGUUCUUCCUACAAAAGGUGUUCGACACCCAAAUAGCGUCCAUCAUGCUCGACCGCCCCUCUUUCGCCUACAUGUACGACCUUUUCAAACGCUGUGCCGAACGCCUGGAACAAGCUUCCAUCUCUUCAACUCAUACUGCGGCGUUCCAUGCUGCUUUUCUGCGCCGACUGAUGAGAUCUUGCAAAGAUAUGAUGCAGGAUGUGAAUGAGCAAGGGCAUACGGGACAGGGGUCGACUUUGGGUGGUGGUGGCGAGCCUGAUGUUGGUAUCCUGCCGGAGGCGCCUUCUAACGUGCCCCUUGAAUCAUUUGAAAGAGAGGUGCCUCAUUCUACAGCACUACGAUCAUACAUUCCCGACCCUGUCCAACUCCACAUCCCAACACCCCAAGACCUCCUUCCUCCCACAUUCGACAUGCUCCUCGAACCGCUCACGAACGAUAUACUGGGAGACAGCAUUACUUGGGAUGAUUGGUGGCCGAUGAGCGACAUGUUUGGUGGGGCUGGGGGCGGGAGCGGUCCUUUUGAUGGUAGUGGGAGUGGAUCGGGGGUGUGGUAG